AUGGUGAUGCUAGUCAGUGCUGAUUCCAGUAUGGCACUUCACGCCCAAACUUUCAAAAAAGAUGAUCCGUACUCCGGUCGUUCGUUAGUGUGUGAUCGCUGUCCACCUGGAACAUACCUCCGCGCGCCCUGCAGUGCCACCCGAAAGAGCGACUGUGCUAAAUGUCCCAACGGGGCAUACACCGAAUUUUGGAACCACAUCUCCAAGUGCCUGCGCUGCAGCAUGUGCGCUGAGAAGCAGGUCGUCAAGCAGGAGUGUUCUCCAUCCAACAACCGCGAGUGCGAGUGCAAGGAGGGUUACUACUUCAACAAGAGAUACGACGCAUGCAGCAAACAUAAAGAAUGUCCCCACGGGUAUGGAGCGAAUACUACAGGUAUGGCUAAAAUAGAGGCAGUUAUACGCACGGAAAAAAAUAAUAGGCCUACGCGAAAUGACUAUUUCCACUUAAGUCUAUUAUGAUCAAAACACUUUAUUAUCAUCAUAGUUUACAGUCGAUAGUUCCAUACGCAUACAUUGAAUGUUCAGAUGUCUCAGUAUAUCCUAACUGUUUGUCUUGGUUUGGACUGUAAAAGGGGAAAAUGCCAUUUGGCAUCAAUAUCAAAUCAGCGUAUUAAUGCGAAUUAAAGGGAUAGUUCAAUGAUUUUACAGUGCAUUCGGAAAGUAUUCAGAUCCCUUGACCUUUUCCACAUUUUGUUACUUUACAGCCUUAUUGUAAAAUUGAUUACAUUGUUUUUUUCCCUCAUCAAUCUACACACAACACCCCAUAAUGACAAAGCAAAAACAGGUUUUUAUAUAUAUAUAUAUAUAUAUAUUUUUAUAUAAAGAAUUGAAAUAUCACAUUUACAUAAGUAUUCAGACCCUUUACUCAGUACUUUGUUAUAGCACCUUUGGCAGCGAUUACAGCCUCGAGUCUUCUUGGGGAUGACGCUACAAGCUUGGCACACCUGUAUUUGGGGAGUUUAUCCCAUUCUUCUCUGCAGAUCCUCUCAAGCUCUGUCAGGUUGGAUGGGGAGCGUCACUGCGCAGCUGUUUUCAGGUCUCUCCAGAGAUGUUUGAACGUGUUAAAGUCCGGGCUCUGGCUGGGCCACUCAAGGACAUUCAGAGACUUGUCCCGAAGCCACUCCUGCUUCGGGUUGUUGUCCUGUUGGAAGGUGAACCUUCACCCCAGUCUGAGGUCCUGAGAGCUCUGGAGCAGGUUUUCAUUAAGGAUCUCUCUGUACUUUGCUCCGUUCAUCUUUCCCUCGACCCUGACUAGUCUCCCAGUCCCUGCCGCUGAAAAACAUCCCCACAGCAUGAUGCUGCCACCACCACGCUUCACCGUAGGGAUGGUACCAGGUUUGGCAUUCAGGCCAAAGAGUUCAAUCUUGGUUUCAUCAGACCAGAUAAUCUUGUUUCUCAUGGUCUUGGUGGUUCCAAACUUCUUCCAUUUAAGAAUGAUGGAGGCCACUGUGUUCUUGGGGACCUUCAAUCCUGCAGAAAUGUUUUGGUACCCUUCCCCAGAUCUAUGGGACCCUAUAUAGACAGGUGUGUGCCUUUCCAAAUCAUGUCCAAUCAAUUGAAUUUACCACAGGUGGACUCCAAUUAAGUUGUAGAAAUCUCAAAGAUGAUCAAUAGAAACAUGACGCACCUGAGCUCAAUUUCGAGUCUCAUAGCAAAGGGUCUGAAUACUUAUGUAAAUAAGAUAUUUCUGUUGUUUAUUUUUAAUACAUUUGCAAACAUUUCUAAAAACCUGUUUUCACUUUGUCAUCAUGGGGUAUUGUGUGUAGAUUGAUGAGGAAAAUGUUUUAUUUAAUCCAUUUUAGAAUAAGGCUGUAACAUAACAAAAUGUGGAAAAAGUCAAGGGAUCUGAAUACUUUCCGAAUGCACUGUAUACAUGUAUAUGUAGAUAUGUUUCAUUAGCAUGAUAGCAGUCUAUGGACAAGUAGUGACUGCAAUACACACUUUGGUUUUGUUAAACUAGCCACUGCAAACAAUUAGCAAUUUUUGAUCAAUUUCCCAUGCAAAUCAAUCCCCCCCGUUUAGCAUGUAUCAAAUCCCAUAUCCAAAUCAAAUCUUAAAUGGAUUGAUCCUCAAUGAAUUUGUUAAAAAUAAUUUUGAGAUAAAUAUUGUGGCACACACAUCAUAACAUUUCCUCAGGUACACCACAACAAGAUACAGAAUGUGUGCAGUGUCAGCCCGGAUUCUAUUCUGAUGUUUCCUCUGCAAAAGCAACCUGUGUUGCCCACUCAAACUGCCAAGCUGGUGGACUGCGCGUGGUGCUUAAAGGCCAGAGCUGGCACAAUACACUGUGCGCCUCAUGCGAUGACCUCAAAACUCGUGGUAAAACAUAUUUUGAAUAACAAUAUUUAUAAUGAACGACUAAUCAUUUGUGGCCUCAACUGAGUUUAAGUUUCUCAACCAUGUUUCUUUUUUUUUUCAGAUGGAGCUGAAUAUCUGCAUGAAAUCCUUCCUGCGUUCUUAAUUCCACUUUACCAGAAAAUGGGCAUCAAUAGAAUGCGUCGGUUAGUAAUGAGGCUGCCACAAGAGGGAGGCAAGAAAAUGCUCAGAGGAACAGUCAUGAAGCUUUCUAAAAGGGGUCUUAACGACUUUAUGAACAGUUGGGACCAAGGUGCAGGGAAAGACCAAGUUAGGAAACUUCCGGAGAUGUUGAGGAAGAUAGGGGCCCGCAAUGCAGGAGACAAACUACAGCGUAAACUGGAAUAUAUAGACCAACAAUCCAAACUCUGUGAGCGGUUAGUUGAAGUAACCUAAAAUGGGUUAAAGUAGCCUCUCAUCCCCAUCUUCUGAAUAACAUAUCUUGACAGCAAAACGUAAUUCAGUUCAACAGGUGUCCAUUUUAAAUGUUUCAUAUA